AUGGGGAAUUCCUAUGCGGGCCAGCUGCGGACCACUCGCUUUGAGGAGGUCCUUCAUAACUCCAUCGAAGCGUCUCUCAGGUCCAACACUGUAGUGCCUCGGCCUGUGUUUGCGCAGCUGUAUCUGGAGACCGAGCGGCCGCUGACACAAAACGGCCGAGCUGAAAACAAUGAUUAUGAUGAUGACGAAGAAGAGGGCUCAGACUCGAACAGCCCUCCGAUACCGUAUCAGAUGAAGCCUCCUCCUGAAGGCUCCUGUACGACAGAUGGGUUCUGUCAGGCAGGACGAGAUCUCCGUUUGGCGUCUUUGGCAUCGGCUCCUCUAGAUGUGCCUCCUGGUUUUAUUCUGGUUGGAGUAAAGUCUCAGUCUCUCCAAGAUAACGUGCUGGUUUGUGCCGUAGACCACCGCUUUCUGCCAGAUGAACAAGGCUGUAACGCACUGCUGGGUUUUCUUGGAAACUGCAUGGGCUGCGGACAACAGGGCUUCCGAUAUUUUACUGAGUUUGCAAACCACAUUAACCUGAAGCUGAGCACCCAGCCCAAAAAACAGAAGCACUUAAAGUAUCAUCUGUAUCGGAAUAACAAUGGAGUCCUGGUCAAAGGAGCUCCCAUCUGCUGGAGAGGGCACGAUGGCAGAAUAAGGCUGGAGUCUAACUUCUUGGAGGGACAAAUGCCAGUGCCACCACCAAACAUGACACUCACUCAUCAAAUAGUUGGCUACACAGGCCCACAUGUCGACCAAGUGAGUCAAAUGGCUGAUGCUUCUCACUCGCUACAAAAUGGAGUUCCUGCAAAUGCUGGUCCACCAAAAAAGAGACAUAAGGGCUGGUCCCCUGAGUCAUCGUCUGCAAAUACAGUUUCAGAAAACGCUGCCAAAUCAUCCCCACAGUUAAUAGUAGCACAAAACACAAAUGGAGUCCGCGCAGAGAUAGAAACCCUGCUGAGUUCAUCACAGGGGUCUUUAGGCUCCCUGUCUGUGCCUGGACUGUCUGUCACUGUCCCUGAUCAGCUGCUCCAGACCUGCAGGCUACAACCUGUCAUCUUCAAAGGUCAUGGGCCCCUCCCUCAGUUUACUGGGAACACGAGUGACGCUCUGGUCAGCUCUCUGCUGCACAGCUGUUAUCUGAGCUCUCAGACUCUGCCCAGAGUUUACCAGCACUAUGGACCCUCACCCAUCCAGCCCCUGUCCACCGAGAUGCAGAUUCUCCUCACAGUUUACUAUCUCGUUCAACUGGGACCUGAACAAGUUCCUCUAAUUGAGGAUUUGGAGCAGAUAUUUAUGAGAUCAUGGAGAGAGUCUCACCUCAGUGAAAUUAGGCAGUACCAGCAGCCCCAGACGCCCACCACACAAGGCCGACACUAUGGCCUAGAGGUCCCAGCGUUGCCUGGGGUUCCACAGCAUCUGUCCCUGUCACCACAAGGGCAGCAAACCCUGACCCCCAGCCAGCUCCCUUGGCUGGCCCAGCUGGCCGCUUCUUCCUGUGGGGAGGGUCUUAUUGUGCUUGGGGAACAGGUCACAUCUUUGGCCCAGGGUCUACAGCUAACAUUUAGCAAACUCAUGGAUGGACAACUCAAAAACACAAGCUACGUGGUCAUUAUUGUCACUCAACCAGGACAAGAAACACAGUCUUGUGUUGUAGUUACAGGUAAACACCAAUGCCGUGCUUUGGCAGAGAGCAUGUUUUCUCCCACUGAGGGCCUUAAAGAAAUCAACCAGCAGCUCUCGACUGGUUUUGCCCAAGAGCUCAUACAGUAUUGUAAUGUCCUUGGACAAGAUGGUGAUAUGGACUCUAUACUAAACAGUGCCACAUUCGAUGGCAUCGAGUCAUCUCCUGUAACAAACACUCAGGAGCCACCUGAGAGGAGCCUCAAAAACACUCCCAGUCCUAAAGACAAACAUGGACAGAAGGAUUCACCUGCAGAAAACUCCAGAGAUGCUCCACGAAUCAAGGACAGAGUCAACAGCCUCAAAGAUAUCUGCACAGAAUAUUUUGUUCAGUGGCGAGAGGUGCGUCCAAUUCAACUGGCUGUGGCGAGAAAGCUGCUGUCCCACGUGUGCGCCAUCGCAGACUCCAGCACACAGAACCUGGACUUGGGCUCCUUCGACAGGGUCAGCUUCCUCAUCCUGGUCCCUCCCUCUGAGGUCACGUUUCAGCAGACAGUCCUGCACCUCUGGAGCUCGGGUGUUCUUCGGGAGCUUGGGGGUUUGGAACAGGAAUGUGUUUGUCCGCGGGACGUUGAGCGCUAUGUAGUCAAGAUGGAUGGCAGCGCACAGGCUCAAAUUGAUAGACUCAUCCAGGAGGCUCAUAGUAACUCCUACACGCUGUACAUUCUCAUCCACGACCAUGCCCACUGGGACGUCAGCAGUGCAACCUACAGCGGCUCUGACUGUGGUUUGGGUUUGGUGGACCAGCUCAUAAAUUCAAGACAUGUCCGAGAUUCUCCAAACAUCCUGAUUCUCCACGUCACCUCGUUCCCCUUCACCUUGCAGACGCAGUACACUCGCAUCAGCCCUUACAAUGAGAUCCACUGGCCCUCUGCGUUUGGAAAUGAUGUGGACUUGUAUCAUGAGAGAACCAGAUACUUUGGUGUGUCUGAGUUAAUAGAUUCAACCCGUUCAGGAGCCAGUCUCCCACUUAUGCGAUACGACUCUUCAUUUGAAAGCAUGGCCACAGCUCUUGAAGAAAGGUUUCCCAAGCUGCACAGCGCUGUAAUCCGUACCAUUGUUUUGAUCCAGCAUUACUGCAUUGCUCUGAUGGCAGCGUCUGGCAGAAUAAACAGUUCGCACAAUCUACACAAACACACAUCUGUGGAAACUCUGGAGAUUGUCCAGUCUCUGCUCAGCGCGGCUCAACAGUGCCCAGCUCACCACGGACACAUGGUUCUGCUAAGGAUUCCAUCUUUGGCUCUAGCAGCGUGGGCCCAUCAGCGUUUAUCCCGAGUGAGGAGGCGACUAGGUCUGGAGGACAGUUUUGAGAUCAUCCUAGGGAAUCCCAACCAUGCACUGAACAUCGGGCAAACGUUUAUUGACAGAAUUAAGAUCUGGCUAAAGAUUGAGGAGCCUGACUGGGUUCCUUGCACAUAUCUCGAACUAGAGGCUCUCCCCUGUAUUCUUAUUUUAUCAGGAGCUGAGCCACUUGGAGAAUCACUUCCCAGGUCCCUUAAAUAUUGUGACCUUCGAGUGAUAAGUUGCUCCUACCUUCAGCGCACUACUCUGGAACAAGAGCUCGGCCUGGCUGCAUAUCUCGUACAGACAGACUCUCGGCCGCCGCACAACAACGGACCCCGAAGUGACUCCCUGGAGAGUGACGCGGAAAAGCUCAGCAGCUCAGAGAACGAAGAAGACGAGGGGCAGGACAAAAACUCCCCUUUGUCAUCGAGCCAUCAGACUCAGUCAUGCUCAGAUAAUGCAGCCACGGAGCCUUUGCCUUCACAAAGCACCUCAUCGGUCACUGUCCAGAAGGCGUCUACAGAAGCCUUGCCGACUCUUGCUCAGUCUCAAACUCAACUUGUUCCUCAGGUUUCCUCUCAGUCACUCUCAUACCCUCAGCCAGCACAAUACCAGUCUCAGCCACAGUGCCAAAUACAGCCACAGGCCCCAGUGGCGUCCCAGCAGCCUCCUGUGCCCCCGGUGCAGACAGCUCAGCCCACAGUGCCCGGACUGCCUCAGUGGCAAAAGUCCAAAUCCAGUUCUCCAGACUCUCGCUCCUCCUCCCCUCAUCUGAGCUGCUCGUGGGCCCGUGGGGUGAUGCGGCCCCCCUCUGUGCUCCUCCCCCGUGCUCUCUACGACAUCAUCACGGCCAGUGAUAGCAGCGGCCUUCCUCGAUGUACAUCAUUUCUACCACACAUUUCUGUAGCCUGGGCGAGCAGCUUCAGGCCUUUGCUGAGUAAGAUGAUGACCUGCACAGAACAGUCACUGUAUUACCGUCAGUGGACCGUCCCUCGCUCCUAUCACAUGGACACCAGCAAUCGCACUGAAGGUCGAUGUGACAACUUCCACCCUCGCCGCCUGCUCCUCAGUGGCCCACCACAGGUGGGAAAGACAGGAGCAUAUCUUCAUUUUCUGGGGAUUUUGUCUCGGAUGCUGAUCCGCCUGAUGGAGGUGGAUAUCUACGAUGAAGAGGACAUUAACUACUUGAGUCAGGCAGAAGGAGUACAAUAUCACCCACCAAAUGCACACUGGCCAAACACAGACGUGAUGAAAACAAUGCCUUUUGACUACAACAUCCAUGACCCAAAGUACGAGGACAUCAGUGCAGUCUAUUGUCCUGGAUAUAAUCCCAGCACAGAAAAACCUCAGGUUCGUCAGGAAGAUGUGUACCUGCGCAGAAGAACAUCCAGAAUCAAGCUGUCCAAAUAUGCAGCUUACAACACUUAUCACCACUGUGAACAAUGUCAUCAGUAUUUAGGCUUCAACCCCAGAUACCAGAUGUAUGAGUCAACUCUGCAUGCCUUCACAUUUACGCACCUCCUGCUCGGGGAGGAGAUCCAGCUGUACUUCAUCAUCCCAAAGUCAAAAGAGCACUACUUCAGCUUCAACAAACACGGAGGGCAGCUGGAGGGCAUGAGGCUGCCACUGACUUCUGACUGGAGUCCAGACAGCAUCAAAAGUCCCAUCUUCACCCCGACAACAGGGCGUCAUGAGCACGGCCUGUUUAACCUCUUUCACGCGAUGGACGGAGCCUCACAUCUGCAUAUCUUGGUGGUUAAGGAGUAUGAGAUGGCUGUGUAUAAGAAGUACUGGCCAAACCACAUCAUGCUGGUUCUGCCUACGGUCUUCAAUGGAGCUGGGAUAGGUGCGGCUCACUUCCUGAUCAAAGAGCUGUCGUACCAUAACCUUGAGUUGGAGCGCAGCCGUCGGUCGGAGGGUGGGGGCCCAGCAGGAGAGGUGUGGCCCUUCAUCAUCCUGGCAGACGACUCCUGCGUCAUGUGGAACGCUGUGGAUCUGGAUGCUCGCAAUGGCCCGGUGGAGCACAGCGUGUCACUGAAGCAGGUUUUACAGCACAUGGAGGCCUGUCCUGAACUAACACACUAUAGUCUGUGUGGCAUCAGGAAAUGGAGCAGCCAUGGACUCACAGGUUUUAAACAGAUGGGUCCCUUUUCGCGGGGCCACCUUCACGACUUCCUCCUCCUGAACGUGGACCGCAGUCAGAACGUGCAGUACGACCAGAACCGCUUCACCUGUCACGACGUGGACUUCACCCUCAGGCUCCACAGUGCCGGGCUCUUCCUCUGCCGCUUCAACAGCUUCAGCGUCAUGAAGAAGCAGAUCGCCAUCGGAGGAUACAGGACAUUUAUCAUCAAAACCAAGAUGACAGACGUCCCGACCUCCGUGGGACCCUCGCAGUACGUCUGUGCCCCUGACAGUAAACACCUCUUCUUAGCUACACCGGCUCAACUGCUCCUGGAAAAGUACCUCCAGCACACGAGCCAGAAACUGUUCCCCCUCAGCAUCAAGAACUACGCCCACCCUGUGCUCUCCGUGGACUGUUACCUCAACCUGGGGCCUGAGGUGACAGUCUGUUUUGUCAGUUCAAGACCUCACGCCAUUAACAUCACCACCACCGGGCUGCUUUUCAGUGGCCUUUUGCUCUGUUUCGCCGAUUCUUUUGUGACGCCUGGAUUCCUCAAGAAGUUUUCCUUCCUCAAAGGUGCGACCCUGUGUGUGAUCGGUGCUGACCGGAGCUCCCUGAGGCACACGGUGGGCAGACUUGAGCUGGAGGAGGAGUGGAGGUUCAGACUGAGCGAUGAGUUUCAGACUGCGAACGCCAAAGAAGACCGGCCCCUGUUCUUCCUCACGGGGAAACACAUCUAA